AUGGCAACUGACAUCGAGAUAUUCGAGGUGUCCAGUGACUCACGGAAGGACCUGAUUCGAUGGCUGGCUCCAUAUAUGCCUACAUGUAUCGCCCUUUAUCGGCGCGUACAAUUUGGACACUUCAAAUCAGGCUCUCGCUUGUUCAGCUCUAUCGACUUUGACAGCCCUGCUCAUGGAACAAACGCCAGCCGUCCCUGGAUAGCCGCAUUUGUCGAUCGCACAUGUAGACCAGAGACUGAGGUCUGGCUGGCCGCCAGUUGGGAACACGACACGCCGGCGGACGACUCAUGGCUCCCGCAUGCCAACGAGCUCGUCAAAUCUACGAUCAAAAAGAUCAAAAAGGUCGGAAUCGAUCCCUCGGAGGCUGGUACUAUCAUCAAUUCGGACGAAGCCACAGGCACCUCAUCAACUAUCAAUGACAGUGCAGGUGUUAACAGAGAUCAUUAUCUACGGCACAUGCAGAACGAACAAGUUGUCCUGUUUGGGUCUGUACACAGCUCCACGCUCAAGAUACUGAACAGACUCGGCUUCGUUGACCCAAGUUCUGCCGAGGUGUCGAAUAUACCAUAUAGGAAGUACCUCUUCGAUCUCAGAGACAAGUAA